CGGGAACACCGCCUCCAGACCUGGGCCGGCUGGCACCAUGCUGCGGCGGUGUGCUGUUUGGGUGCUGACGCGCACCCGGGCCGGCCGCGGUUGUCGCCGCUACGGUUCGUACUCGCCGAGCGCUAGUGGCGACGCUGGGGAAGCGCGGGCCUACUUCACUACACCUAUCUUCUACGUGAACGCCGCGCCGCACAUCGGGCACCUGUACUCGGCGCUGCUAGCCGACGCCCUGUGCCGCCACCGUCGUCUCCGAGUUCCCGGCACUGCGUCCACGAGGUUUUCCACCGGCACGGACGAGCACGGCCUGAAGAUCCAGCAGGCGGCAGCCACCGCGGGCUUGGCCCCGAUCGAGCUGUGCGAUCGAGUGUCUGCCCAGUUCUUGCAGCUUUUCCGGGAGGCUGCCAUCUCCUCCACCGACUUCAUACGCACCACGGAGGCUCGGCACCGUUUAGCGGUGCAGCACUUCUGGGGUGUGCUGGAGGCCCGAGGUCUGCUGUACAAAGGGAUCUAUGAAGGGUGGUAUUGCGCCUCGGACGAGUGCUUCCUGCCCGAGGCCAAGGUCACUCGGCAGGUGGGUCCGUCCGGGGAUCCGUGUCCUGUGUCUCUCGAGAGCGGACAUCCCGUCUCCUGGACCAAGGAAGAAAAUUACAUUUUCAAGCUUUCUCAAUUUCGAGAACCGCUCCAGCGAUGGCUUCAAAACAAUCCUCAGGCAAUCACACCGGAACCGUUCCACCAGGCAGUUCUUCAGUGGCUGGAAGAGGAGCUGCCUGAUUUGUCCGUUUCUCGAAGGAGUAGUCAUCUGCACUGGGGCAUUCCAGUUCCCGGGGACGACUCGCAGACCAUCUAUGUGUGGCUAGAUGCCCUGGUCAACUACCUCACUGUUGUUGGCUACCCAGAUGCAGAUUUCAAGUCUUGGUGGCCAGCCACAUCUCAUAUCAUAGGUAAGGACAUUCUCAAAUUUCAUGCCAUUUAUUGGCCUGCCCUUCUCCUAGGGGCAGGAUUGAGGCCACCACAUCGCAUCUAUGUCCACUCGCACUGGACUGUGAGUGGCCAAAAAAUGUCCAAGAGCCUGGGCAACGUGGUGGAUCCCAGGACUUGCCUUGAUCGCUAUACCGUGGAUGGCUUUCGAUACUUUCUCCUACGGCAGGGCGUUCCCAAUUGGGACUGCGAUUACUAUGAUGAAAAGGUGGUUAAAUUGCUGGACUCCGAGCUGGCAGAUGCCUUAGGAGGGCUUUUAAACCGGUGCACUGCCUACAGAAUAAAUCCUUCUGGGACCUACCCAUCUUUCUGUGAUGCCUGUUUCCCCAGUGAGCCAGGAUUAACGGGGCCGUCAGUUCGUGUGCAGGCCGAAGAUUAUGUGCUUGUAAGUGCAGUGGCCACUUUACCCAAACUGGUAGCGGGCUAUUAUAAUGACUUUCAGAUCUAUAAGGCUCUGGAGGCGAUAUCCAGCUGUGUUCGGCAAACUAAUGGUUUCGUCCAAAGGCACGCACCAUGGAAAUUGACCUGGGAGAGCCCUGAGGAUGCUCCUUGGCUGGGUACCGUGCUUCAUGUGGCCUUGGAGUGCUUGAGAGUGUUUGGAACUUUGCUUCAGCCUGUUACUCCAAACUUAGCAGAUAAGCUGCUGUCAAGACUGGGAGUCUCUACCACAGAGAGAGGCCUUGGAGAUCUCUACUUCCUACCUCGAUUCUAUGGACACCCAUGCCCCUUUGAAGGGAGAAAGUUGGGACCUGACACUGGGCUUUUGUUUCCGAGACUGGACCAAUCCAGGACUCGGCUAGUGAAAGCCCACAGGACCUAGGAACUCAACUCCUACUGGCUGAUGGUAAAAGAUCAAAUGUAUUCUUUUUGCAUUUUUCAGUAAAGUCAUGUUUAAGAGUAUGUAUCAAAUGAGCACAUGAACUAUGUCCUUAAGAACAGAACAAUUCAGGUCCCUACCCCAGUGCCAUUAACCCACUGUUUUUAUUUCUCAGUGCCAUUAACCCACUGUCUCAGGUGGCGACUGGUUAGGGUGGCGAACCACCUAACAAGGUUCACCAUUGUCUCAAGAGGAUGGUUGAGGACAGGACCAAGAUGCUGACACUGUUCCUUCUCAUUGCACCUUCUCCCAACCCAAGGUCCAAACUACCUCUCAGGGCUUUUGCUCCUCGGGAUAAUUUAACACAGCCCUUUCUUCAACUGAAACUAGGGUUGGAAGUCCCUGCCCUGUUUUUACAGGUCAGCCCUACUUUGUUAAACACCAGAGUCUCCUGUUAUCUCAUUUUCUAAGUUGCUGCAGUUGUGGUGUCAGCCCAGCACUUGUGCUUUGUAAUACUACACUCCAUCCAGUAGAUGGCUCUGCUCUCACACGUUCAGCUCCUUAAGAGUGUCCUUUCAGCUGUCUUCAUUCACAGAAUUUUAGAAUUGUACUGUUUUUCCAAAGGAUAACUUUGGAAACACUGAUAUUUUAACAACACAAAGUCACUAGAAUUCUAGUUUUAAAACUCCUAAAGGUAAUUUUAGUAAUUUGAAUGUUGAAGGGAGAAAAUGAUCAGUGUUCAGGACUGUCUGGGAUUCAGGGCUCUCUCCAAGGCACCAUUAAAGAAUACCCAGAGAAGAUGUUACAGUAACAAUUAGUGCAGUCAUUAGAAUACAGUAAGUCAGCCUUAUGUCUCAAAUUAACGGCAAGUACAAUAGGUAAUAAGUAAAUGUGACAGGUUUGUUUCUAUGGUAAACUAUAAAGCUCUUGAGGUACACUGUGUAUUACAGAUAAUAAAGUUUAGUAACGGUUACAUGUUCAUCUAUAAAGCCCUCAAAAGGGUUGUACUCUGUGUAUUAUUUCUUAUCCACAUACAUAAUUUACCUCAUGAUUAUUUUUGGUCAUUCAGGAUACAUAAUAUAGGAAUGAUAUAAUAUUGUAAUUAGUAGAUUUAUGUCAGAAUAGUUUUUGUUGAUUAUUUCUCUUUGAGACAAGCUUUCACUAUGUAGUUUGUUACCAUCAGUCUCCUGCCUCUACCUUUCAGGUGUUGGGAUUACAGGGUGUGCCACCAUGCCUGUCUUUUAACUUGUUAUUAAAGUGUGAUUGUUAAGUA